CCUCCCCGCGCCGAGAGGCGGCGGCGGCGGCGCUGAGAGAUCCGGAGCGGCUGGGCUGCCCGCGGCGACUCUUCCGGAUGGACCCGCCGGUCAAGGCCGGGCCGCUCCUGCUCCAGCAGCCGUCGGGGCUGCGCAUCGGCGCCAAGGUAAGGGCCGGGGCUCCUCGGCGGGGUUGCUCCCAGCGCCGCCGCCCGACUGCCAUCCGGCGCUUCCGGCAUGGGGCGCUGCCGGCAGCGCGGUCUCUGCGCGGGGCGAAAGCGCGGGCGGCCGAGGGGCGACUCUCCUGGACCCGGCGCCGCCCCUUCGGGAUGGGGGCCCCGUGGGCUGCUCUGCCUCGACGAAACGCCCCGGCCCCCUCCCUGCCCGAGGCCCAUCCGGGACCCGCUCCUGGGCUGCUCGGGGCACCUCCCGUGCUCUCCCUUCUUCUGACGCCCCGUCGAAGCCAGAGGAGCCGCGCGCGGAGGAAGCGGCGGCGGCGGCGGCGGCAGCGUUCAUUCCUGCCGCCCCGGCGCCUUGUCUCGCCCUCCGGGGCCGCCCGUCCAGCUUCCAGCUCUGGGUCCGGUCCCGGCGACGGGCUCUGCUCUCUCCUCAGGGCUUCCCGGCCCUUUCCACAAACGUGCGCCAGACGAGCGCAGCGCCCCGGGGUGCUAAUAGGGGUCCCUGGUUUGGCCCAGACGGGGUGGGGCGUCGUGGCCGCUGCAGGGAGCAGAACUGGACCAGGCCGGAUUGACCACUCUCCUUGAACCCUGACUUGGAGGCACCUGUUGGGCCUCUCAUAUGCCAGCUGAGGGCAGACCCUUCCCUGGUUAUAUGCAACUUCCCUGCUUGCAGAAAGGCAGGCUCCAAGUGCACCACUGUGUGUCCCUGCGGCUCCUCUGCCCCAUUUCCGCUCUGCCUCUCGUUGCAGCGAUGGAAGAAGAGCUGGUUUGUGCUCUACCCGGCCAGCCCGCAUGGUGUGGCGCGCCUGGAGUUCUUCGACGGCAAGGAGGGUCCCGUGCCGGCGGAGCGAGUGGGCACCAGGCGCCUGGACAAGAAGAUUGUGCGCCUGGCGGACUGCGUGAGCGUGGCCCCCGCCCCAGACGGCAGCCCCAAGGAGGGCCUUUCCGCCUUCCGCCUGGAGACCAGCGAGCGCAGCUACCUCUUUGCCGCUGAGCCCCACGAGGCGGCCGACUGGAUGGCCAGGCUCUGCGAGGCAGCCUUUCUGGUGAGCCCACCCUGGGGUCUCGGCGCCUUGCAGGGAGAGGCCCUUGCCUGAAACCCUGCUCAGCUGCUGCUGCCAGCCAGUGUAGACAACACUGUGCUGGCUCUGCAUAAGGCAGCUCCCGAUGUUCCAGGGACGGUGGAGGGCUGGUCCGCCUUGGCUGGUGGGAAGAGCCCCCCACUUCACUCCUUGCCCCCCCGGCCGUGCUCAGGGCGGCAGGGGUGCUGUGCAUGCCAGGGAUGCCCUGGAUGCCCCCUGCAGCAGAGGAGCUGCCAUUCCUGGGAAGGGCUGGGGGUGUCUGCUGACGUUCUUCUCUCCCGGCAGGGCAACCCUGGCAAAGCAGCACAGCCUGCGGCCGACUGCGCUGGGGGGCGACCCCUGGAGAUGGCCAUGAACGCCAUUUAUUACUCCCGAGAGGAAGGUAGGAGGCGCUCGGGAGCAGAGCUGGCUCCAUCCUGUCCCUGUCAGACUUUCAGCCCAUUCCCCCCCCCCCCGGAGUUUGGGUGGUGGGGCAGAGGGAGUGCCAUAGGAAGUCACGGCUGCUGCAGGACAGAAUUGCAUGCUGGGAGUCCCCCGCUUUGGAAAACGCAGCUUAGGCUGGGAGGAUUCUGGCUGCCAGGGCUGCUGAUUCUGGGGUGACGGCUGCUGGGCGGGUGCCUGCCCCCCGAGGUCGCCUGCUCUGACUCUCCCUCUUGGCCACAGUCAGCGAGUUCUGGGUGACGGUGCAGAAGACGGAGGCUGCUGAGCGCUGCAAGCUGCAGGGGGUCUACGUGCUCAAGGCGUCCGGCGAGGGCCUCAUCCUUGGGGACCCCCACUCCAACCAGCCCCUCUUCACCUGGCCCUACCGCCUGCUCCGCAGAUAUGGCCGGGACAAGGUGGGUCCAGGAGGAGGGGUGCAUGUGGGAGGGAGAGGCAGGUAGGCGGGGGGGGCUGCAUUACUGGGGGCCGGACCAUGGGGGCAGGAUCAUGGAAGCCCAAGGAGUCAUUUAGUUGAGAUUCCUGCAUUGCAGGGGGGUUGGACUAGAUGCCCCUCAGGGGCCCUUUCAGGAGGAGCUGCUCUUGCUCCCUGACUGUCAAAGAGCUGCCCUGGGAGAGCUGGUGAUGGGGGCUGGGCUCCCUCAGUGGUUGAGGAGGUGCCCAGCUGGCCCUGGGUGGGGCAGUGGGGAGCAGUCCCCGGCCUUCUGUGGUGCCCAAGAGCUUGACGGCCAGCUCAGGGCUCUUGCUGGCCCUGUGGGAUUCUGGCUGGCGGGGCUUGUGCUCAGAGCGGGCAGAGCAGGGGCGGGGGAGGUUCCUGUGCCCCUCAAAGGGUGCCUCUUGGCCCCGGGGCUCCUUUGCGGCCCCUGACUGUGCCCGCUCUCUGUCCCGCAGGUGAUGUUUUCCUUUGAAGCCGGCCGGCGCUGUGAGUCUGGGCCAGGCAACUUCACCUUUGAGACCAAGCAGGGCAACGAGAUCUUCCACGUGGUGGAGGCGGCCAUUCAGGCGCAGAAGGCACAGGUGGUUGAGCAUCGCCACAGCACCUGCUCCCUGGACGCCGAGGUGGGCCAGCUCCCGGGCGCCCUGGCCGGCUCGCUCAGCCUGGAGGGGGAGAGCCUGGCGCCCGCUCUGGCCCCCGAGAGACCCGGCCUGCGCCCGGCCCUGGCCGCCAAGCUCAGCGCUGCCACUGCUGCGGAGGAAGAGGAGGUGGUGGCCCCCGCCAAGGGGCUGGGCCUGCGGGACCCUCUGGCCAAGUGGCCCAGCACUCCCCCCCGCUCCCCACUCCCUGAGGUGCCAGGACACCCACUGCCCCCCGAGGAUGCGGGCAACGUCUACUCCGAGCCUCUGGACGCGCUCAGGGCCCCUCGCCCCCGGCCGGACGCCCUCUAUGCGGAACCCGUGGACAGCCGGCGUGAGGGGGGCAAGGAGCGUUGCCCUCCCCAGAGCAAACUGCUGUAUGAGGAGGUGGGCCCUGGCGGCGGCCAGGACAAGCACACCAGCAAGGUGCACAUCUACGACGAGCCGGAGGGGCGGGCCCAGUGGCCGGUGCCCACACCCACUGCCAUCUACGACGAGGCCCGCCUCCCCUGCGAGGCCUGGCGGACGCAGGGCAUGGAGAGCCCGGCUGGCUACGAGCUGCCCUGCCUGCUGGGGACGGGGGAAUAUUCAGUGCCGGCCUUCCCCCUGAAGCAAGGCCUCCCCAAGCCCCCCAAGCCCUGCCCUGCCCCCAAGCCCCCCCGCACCCACAAGAAGCCCCCCCAGCCUGGAGCCCCCAGGCCGGCCCCCGGCAACAGCAACAACAACAACAGUGGCCGCGGGGGGGAGGAGCCCCUCUACAGCAAGGUGGUGAAACCACCCCUGGCCAGCCCCCGUCGCUCAGGGGGGAGCAGUCGGGAGGAGCAGUCGGUGGACGAGCCGGGCGGCCUCCAUCUAAGAAGAGCUGGGUGAGAUCUGAUGGCUCCCGGGGACGGCGGGGGGCAGGGGACCCCCUUGGUCCUUGCAGGAUCCGUCUUGGGCAAUAUUUUUCUACAGAUGUCUAUUUUCAUAUUAAAGCAUUUUGUUUCAGUGGA